AUGGUUUCCUCCAAGACUUUUCUGAUUACUCUCCUUGCCCUGAGCGUUUCUGCCAUUCCCUUGCAGUCGCGUGAAGAGAACCAACCCAAGCCCAGCCUGGACAAGUCACACGAGUGCGUCUGGAACGACGGACACGGCGAUAUCUCUUGCGGCUACUUCAGCGUCGUUUUUGGAGACAACUCUGUCGGUGGCUCCAAGGGAACCGUUACGAUCAGGGGUGAGACCUGGAAGACCGAGGGCAGGCUCGACUGUGGAAAUGACAACUGGACCACCUUCACCAGUCCCCUGCCUUACACCGUCGACAUCCACGGUGGGAACGCUUGCCACACCACCAUCUCUGGCCACUGGGACAACACCUGGAUAAAGUAUGCAGCUCAGUAUCUCGAUGUUCCGAGUGACACUCGCUGCGGUGAUGUUGGGACUUUGAACAAGUCUCGACGAUGCAUCAUUCCCGCUUGA